GUCUGAUCCUGAGCUAUGUAGCUUCUAAAAUUGAAUGUUUGAGGGAGCUGGUAGACCUGAGGAAAGGUGUCGCUUUGUCCCAACCACGACUUCCAGAUUAUCCUUCUCUUCAAAGAUUGGUUGACUGCUUCUUUGGUUGUCCGCUUGUUUACUCCUCUCGCACCUUCUACUAAGAGGAAGGCCUUCUUGGAAUCUGGGGCUCACACCAGACUCUGAGGUGAUGGGCAGCAUGCUGUUCGUCCUGACGGGCUUGCUCCUUCUGGCUGUCUGCUGGCCUGACACGGUGAUUGCGGCAGCUCCUGCUGUUGAGGUCACUUGCGGGAGCGUGAUCAAGUUGAUGCACGAGCGGACAAAGUUUCGAUUACACUCUCAUGAAGUCGCAUAUGGCAGUGGCAGCGGACAGCAGUCUGUGACUGCGUUCCCUUCAGGGGAUGACAGCAACAGCUACUGGAGCGUCCACGGCCCCCAUGACGCUGAGUGCGCCCAGGGUGAAGCGUUCAAGUCGGGGUCGGUGGUGCGCUUCCAGCACAUGGCCACCAAGAGGUGGCUGCACAGCCACCUGCACCUCUCCCCACUUUCACAGAACUACGAGGUCAGCGGAUUUGGGGACGACAACCAGAGCGACGGGGGAGACCAUUGGAGGGUGGAGGUGAACGGUGGAGGCAUGUGGCUCAAAGAUUCGGGGGUCCGCUUUCAGCACGUUGAGACGGGGGGAUGGCUGCACAGUGCAGCGGACCGGCGGUACGGGCGGCCGAUCGCAGGGCAGCAGGAGGUGUGCGGACACCGCAAAAAGUCGGAGAACGCGUUGUGGAAGGCUGCGGAGGGCACCUACAUGCCGAGAUCUGCAUCGAUUGGCAGCCCUGAGCACGGAGAAUUGUGAUCCGAUGGUCACGACUCCCAGUGUUGACCAGAGUGAGUGAAUUGUAUUGUGUAUUACAUGUACACACAGCAUGAAAAUCCUAGAAAGUUCAAUGACUACUUCUGGCUAUUAUAAUGGCAGUGGCAUGCGG